AUGGCGCCCCCAGACUACAAAAUCCCCGAACUUGACCUAUCUGAAGUGACGUUUGUGGAGCUCCUCCAAGAGCUAGAAGAUGAACAUAGCAAAUACAGUAAGCUAGAAAAUCCUAGGAAUUGCGUCGUCCGGGCUCGCUGGCUAGAGAAAGACUGUGUUGUGAAAGUGUUCCACCACAUUCCGCGGGAGGAUGCACAUACACCGGAUCAUGAACCUGAUCCUUUUACAAACGAAACUCGCGCGUACAGUCGGCUGAAAGCGCGUGGAUUCUGUGAGCGAGGUGACAUCCCGGACGUCUACGGCGUGAUCAAGCAGAUUAAUCCACGGUCCGAGGGUUGGGAGAAAAUUCUCUAUAAUUUCUUCGAAGACGAUACACGCCCAAGUGCUAUUGUCAUUGAAUACAUUCCAAAUUCGGGGAUCAUCAACUUGCCCAACUUCUCAUACGCGGCGCUCAAGAAGCUCAGACAUAUUCUAGCUGAGAUGCACGAGGCCUGGGUGGAACACAGCGAUCCGUACCCGCGAAACAUGUUGCUGCAGGAGGGUACUGGCAGGGCUCUCUGGAUCGACUUCGAUGUUGCCCGGACUUACACACCGGGCAUGGUGACGGAGCGUCAACGGUCUUGGUUUGUAGGGGAACUGAAUGUGAUGGAUCAAUUUAUCGAAGCCCUAGUAAGCACCGAGUCCUUGUCAUUCAUCAUGCAAAACUAA